GUUUUUAUUUCGAUGAAAAGGAAAACAAAAACUUUGUUUGAUACAAAAAGUUCCUCAAAAAAGUAAAUUUGUUUAAAUAAUAUUAAUUGUUUUAACUUGUUUUUUAAUGGUUUAAAAUCAUCGUCAUAAUGGUGUGCCGUUUAUGUUUAAUCGAUGCCAGUAAAAGUAUUUUUAUAUUUAGCGAAGAAAAAAUCCAAAAGUACAUUUCAAAGUUCCUGCAAUUGGAACUUUCACCGGAAGAUCCUGUUUCAAAAAUAAUAUGCAAUUCAUGUUGGGAACAAUUGGAUAAUUUUCAAAAUUUCUGCCUGCAAAUAGAACAGGCGCAAAAAUCUCUUAACACAACUAGCAUAGAUGGUGAUAAAAGUUUAUGUUCAGUCAAAGAGGAAGAUGAGACGCUAGAGUCAAAUGAAAAUAUAUCGGAUAACGAUGAUAUCCCGUACUGCAUGGAUGUGGACAUUGUCAAAGUUGAAUUGAGCAACGAACAAGAAAAUCUAACGAAGUCUCCAAACACAUUUUCCUGUGAAACCAGCGAAUCAAUACCAUCUCGAAGGAUUACCCGACAGUCCGCACUUACAAAAACUGAUUCUAAUAGCUUAUGCGAAAUAAAAGAAAAAACGAAAAAUAGUCGAGAAAUUGAAGCUGAUAAACUUGAUGAAGAUAAAAUUGAAGAAAAAGACAUCAAAGACACUAUCAUCAAUUCAAAUACAAAGAAAAAACAAAUUCGAAUAAAAAAAUGUGACCGAAUUAAUUUGAAAGUAAAAACUGAUAAAUCUGAAAAGUUUUUAAAGGCUAUGCAAACAUCAAAAGAAUUCGAUGAAAUUAUUAGCAAACACAAGAAACUAUCCUGCGAUAUCUGUUCAAUUCAACUUCCUGACUUUGCCGAAUUGCAAAUACAUUUUCGAAAUGUUCACAAAUGCAGAGGCUAUGCAGUUUGUUGUAAUAAGAGAUUUAAUAAACGUGGACUCUUUGUAGAUCACAUAAACUUACACAAUGAUCCACAUUAUUUUAAGUGCAAAGACUGUGGUAAGGUUUUAUCUGAUAGAACCUGUCUUCGUAAGCACAUGAUAUCGUUCCACCAUAAUGACGAACUAAAAACAUUUCAAUGUGAAUUUUGUCCUAAAAAAUUUGCCAAACAGUAUCUGCUGGAUCAGCAUAGUGUUAGACACGUUCCAGAAAAUGAAUUCACCUUCAUUUGUAGCGAAUGUGGAAAAGGAUUCCCAACAAACGCAACCCUCAAAGCCCAUUUGACACAAGUUCACACAACAAUGUACGAUCGAAUGUGUGAAAUCUGUGCCAAACUUAUACGAGGCAAAGCAGCUUUUAAGCGACAUGUAGAAGAGCAUGAAGGGGUAGUUCAUCCCCUACUCCAAUGCAAAGAAUGUGGUUCUUGGUUAAAAGAUAAAAGAAAUCUUCGAAAACACAUUAUAACGCAACAUUCGAAUGAAGAAAAGAAUUUUUCCUGUGAUGUUUGUGGCAAGAAAGCACCAUCAAAAAGUGCACUUCAAAGUCACAUGAGAUAUGUGCAUGAGCUAACACGAAUAUUUAAAUGUAUAUUUUGUGAAAAAUCAUUUAAAAAACCAAAUCAUUUGAAGGAGCAUAUGGCAACCCAUACAGGAGAAAUACUUUACACAUGUCCACAUUGCCCAUCAACAUUUAAUUCAAGGUGCAAUAUGUAUGCUCAUCGAAAAAAGAAACAUCGAGAAGAAUGGGAAGCUGCUAGAGCGUUAGCCAAAAAAGAUGAAAAUAGCAAAAAAUUGAAAUUAAAUCAGGAUAAAGCGUUCAAAAUGGUUUGCCGAUUGUGUUUAUCAAAAGGCGAUGAGAGUAUUGUAAUAUUUAGUGAAGAGAAAAUCCAAAAAUACAUAACAAAAUUCCUGCAUUUGGAGAUAUCACCGGAGGAUCCAGUUUCCAAAGUAAUAUGCAAUUAUUGUUGGGAUCAAUUGGAUAGUUUUCAAAAGUUUUGCAUUCAAAUUGAGGAAGCACAAAAAUCACUCAAAACAUUAGACGAGGAUUUGGUAAAAGAUGAAGUGAAUACAAUUUUUGUUAAAGAUUUGAGUCCUGUUAAACAAGAAGAUCCAACGGGGGAAUCUAAUGAAAAUGCCUUCUUCAAAGAUGAAAUUCUACGUUGUCUGGAUGAAGACAUUUUGCAGAUUGAAUGCCUUAUUGGGCAAGAAGAAAUUGAAACUAAACCACCAACAUCUAUUCCAAGUAAAAGAGUUACCCGACAGACAAAGCUCCCUUCUAUUAUCCUUCCAAAAGCAAUAGAAGAAAAAAGAAUGAAAAUUGAAAAAGAGGAAAUUGAAGAGCAUGAAUCUUCGGAUGAGGAAGAAGAAGAUGAACCGGAAGGAGAACAAGGGAACGAAGAAGAUUCAGCAGAAGAGCAAGAAGAAGAAAAAAGUAAAAAUAUUACAAAAAGAAGCAGACAAUCCAAAAAGGGACAACAAAAUAACCAAAAGAACAAAGAAGCUAAAUCGGAAAAAUUCUUAAAAAAUAUGAAAACUACAAAAGAAAAUGAUGAAUUCAUCCGGAAACAUAUGAAAUUAACGUGCGAUCUUUGUACCACGAAUUUUCCUGAUUUUACCAAGUUGAAACAUCAUUUUCGAGUCGUACAUAAACGCCGGGGAUAUGUACUUUGCUGUAAUAGACAACUGAAAAAACGUGGCCUCAUUGUGGAUCAUAUAUUCGUGCACAACGAUCCUGAGUAUUUCAAAUGCAAAGAGUGUGGAAAAGUUUUAUCAGACAGAUCUUGCCUACAAAGACACAUCAUUCUGUUUCAUCAAGCUGAAGAACUCAAGACAUUUCAAUGUACACAAUGUCCGAAAAAAUUCCCCACAAAGAAAUUACUCGACUUGCAUGUUGUCAAACACAAUGAAUGUACAUUCAUUUGCAGUGAAUGUGGAAAGGGAUUCCCAACCAAAUCAACAAUGGAUAUACAUUUUAAGAGAAUCCAUUCGACAUUGUGCGACAGGAUGUGUGAAAUCUGUGCCAAACUUAUUAAAGGCAAAACCGCUUUCGCACGUCACAUGGAAGAGCAUGAGGGUAUUGUCCAGCCUAGAGUAGAAUGUAAAGAAUGUGGUUCAUGGUUGAAAGAUAAGAAUAGUCUUCGAAAGCACAUGUACAGUAAACACGAUGGAAAGACACACAAUUGUAAGAUUUGUGGCAAAAAUACUCCAUCAUAUAGUGCUCUUUAUAGUCACAUGAAAUAUAUGCAUGAAUUAUCGAAUAUGUUCAAUUGUACAUUCUGUGACAAGUCAUUUAAAAAAGCUAUUAAAUUGAAGGAACACGUUGCUACCCAUACUGGGGGAUUUCUUUACACAUGCCCGCAUUGUCCAACAACAUUCAAUGCGAAAACAAAUUUGCAUUCACAUCGAAAGAAAAUGCAUCGAGAAGAAUGGGAGGCAAAUAGGCGUUAUGCUAAAAAAGCUCCUUUUGAUCAAAGUAAAGCUACUUCAAAAGCUUUAGAUAGUGAAAUCACGAAAUGAAAACCAUAAAUGUUUUGAUUUAGGCAUUUAAAUUAUGGUAUUAUUUUUAAAUUUAAGAACAAAUUAGAACAUAAAAUUUAUUCCUAAAGGAACUUACACAA